CUGAGGCGGAAAAGGCCACUUGGAGCCCCGUCAGUCCGUGGUUCUUCCGGCCUGGGGUAAAGGUCACGUUGUCCUCGAUUGCUCCAGCUGGUCUUUUGCAUAUUUUCUUGGUUUGUUUUUCUGUUCAAGGCGCGGUUGCAUUUUGUCUCGUUCUUUCGUCAGACAUACCGUCAAGUUCUCACCCCGUACCCCCGUCGUCUGCCGGUUGAAAGCUGCAUAAGUGGCCUGCGCGGAUCUUCGACGGAAUGGCCGCCAUCUGGGGCAAUGGAGGGCAGGGCGGGCAGUUCCCUCUCGAGCAGUGGUUCUAUGAAAUGCCCCCUGUGACUCGAUGGUGGACAGCGGCGACCGUCGCGACAUCAGUCUUGAUCCAUUGCCAUAUCCUGACGCCGUUGCAACUGUUCUACAGCUUCCGGGCGGUCUAUGUCAAGUCGCAGUAUUGGCGCCUAGUCACAACAUUCCUGUAUUUCGGACCGCUCAACUUGGACUUGCUUUUCCAUGUCUUCUUUCUCCAGCGAUACUCGAGGCUGCUCGAGGAGUCAUCGGGUCGAUCCCCCGCCCACUUCGCGUGGUUACUACUCUACGCCAUGAUAUUGCUUCUCAUCAUAUCUCCGUUUCUGUCGCUUCCUUUUCUGGGGGCUGCAUUGUCCUCGAGUCUGGUUUAUAUCUGGAGCCGUCGCAAUCCAGAAACUCGCCUCAGCUUCCUUGGGGUCUUAGUCUUCACGGCCCCGUAUCUUCCUUGGGUGCUAAUGGCAUUCAGCCUUGUCGUGCAUGGGGUUAUUCCUAAGGAUGAGAUAUGCGGUGUUGUGGUUGGCCAUAUUUGGUACUUCUUCAACGAUGUGUAUCCGUCUCUCCAUGGGGGUCAUCGCCCAUUCGACCCCCCGAUGUGGUGGCUGCGGUUGUUUGAUCCACAAGCGAGAGCUGAAGAGAAUCAAGGUACAAAUGCUGCUAAUGUCAACCAAGAGUUUGCUGCGGCUGCGGCGCCAGAGGUUCGGUGAGUUCCGUUAUGACAUCUGACGGAACCAAACAUAGCUGGAGGAAUGUGUACUCAAAUCAUCAAGAUAUCUUGAUUUCGGAGACCGUGUUUUCUACCUGCGAACUGCUAAAGCCCCGCAAUGAUGAAGAGGCUUGCCAAGGUUACAUCUGUCCUUGCCGAAGAUGAGCUGGACCUCGUUUCGCGAUCAGUCAUUGUCAUGCAGCAUUGACCUUCCCAGCUUAGGAUAGAUGGGAUGCAAUUGGGUGAUGCAUGGCAACCUCACCUAUGUUGUCAAUCUACCAUCCAGAGAGUUGGCAAAUCACUUGUGGGGAUGCGUGGAGAGUUUCUGGGGUACGUUUAGGAAGCUAGUAGUUACUACGUAUUAGCUUUCUAUCAUCUAUCAUAAAAUAGCAAUUAGAUCUUUCCUGGAUAUGGGAACAGCAAUAAUGGAUCUUAG